AUGUCUUCCCCGUCCCCUCAAAUCGAGGUUCCUGCUCUCUACCGCUCCUCGCCCGCCACCGCUCUGCAGAUCCGUGCUGUUUCGGGCAUGUGGCCCAGUCAAAUCUUUGCCGAUGCUGUCCCUCGGUGCUGGAGCAAGAACGUCUUGGUGUCCCUGGCCAAGAUCAUCUCCUCAGCCAGCACAAAGGCUGACACCACGGUUGACGACGUGGUGGCUUGGUUCAAGGAUAAUGCAGAGUCGUGUGGUGGCCUCAACCAGGAGGCGUGCACUCAAGCCGAUCGGUGGCUGAGUGAGAAAUCGGCUACCCGUGGUAGCAGGAGGUUGUCUUCUCGGGCAGAUGAGAGAGAGAAACCCUCAGAAGCGACCUGGCUAUGCCAACGACACAGAAGCCUCGCGCCUCAAACGGCGCUCAUUCAAGAACCCAGAGCCAAGGGCCUCUUCCAGCCCAGACACAACCACCCCCUGGUCACCAAGCACCAGCGAUACGUGGACGGGUACAAGGAACUAGCGCUGCCCGAUGCGCCAACCUACCAUGUCCAAGCCCUGGAAACGGCUCGAAGCGAGCUCGACAAAGCAUCCCGGGAUGCUAAAACUGCUGAGGGAGUGGUGGUGUCUGCUCAGGAGGAGCAGAGAAAGUUCAAGCGUGUUGAGGAGAAGUUGGUGAAGUUGGGCGCUGAGAAAGCGACCCUGGAACAGUCUGUCCGUGACCUGAGGUUGGAAAAGGAACGGUGCGAUGUGUACCUUGGGAUGGUGGAGUAUGGGCCUGAUGGUUUGGCCACUCUGCGGGAGGAGGAUGUUGGUGCUUGGAAGGGGAUGUUGGACCUCGAGUAG